AUGACGUUCUCUUUUCCUUUGUACCUCCUCCUACCGCUCCUAGUCGCCGUUACGAGCGCCCAAUCUACUUGCCCCGAUGGUGAGGAAAUAAUUUACUCACCUUUUCGACCUUGGUUCAGCUUCGAUUAUGGCCCCGAACCGGGCGACUGCUGGAAAGCCGCCAUCUGCUUACUCGGCCAGGCUGACCCAGCCCGCAAUCAGCAGUUUGCAGCCACAGCACUAGUCAUGGGCCUGCUACCUAUGGUCUUCCGAGACAUUGCAUGGCCUGAAAGAAGAGUCGUGCUUGUUUCAUCACCCCUCCCUACCCUAGCGGAGGUUGUUGUUCGGGCGCUCGGGCUUGAGCCCGUCGUUAAGGGGGGCUCGAUUGCAGGGGCGGCGCUGCGGUCGAGAUAUCAUGCCAUGGUGCUGAUGUUUGUCAGUCUCUUUGCGCUGCUGGCCUCGUAUGCGGGGCUGGCGCUGGUGGAGAUCUACUCGAAGCGGACUGCAUUGGGCUGUGUAUACCCUAUCAUUGCAUUGACUUGGUGUCUUGUUGGUGUUAUUCCCGCUAUGAUCCAUGUGCUCUUUGAAGAGCUUUCGGCGGAGAGGAGUGAAAAAGGGCUCGGAACCGGGCGAUACUAG